CAAGUGCUGGACUCUCGUGGUUGUUUUGGUUGUUUUUACCCAGAAUACCCCACGCUAUAGUUGACGUCCUGCAUUUGGAGCAGUCUCCAGUCCACUAGCAUCUACAUAAAACAUUUGAACUGCAGAGUUCUCUCGACCUAGGUUUGUAGGCGGACCAGAGUUCGCUUUUGAUUUGAUUACGCAUUCCCACUUCCACAAGCGAACUGGAGUUCCGAGGCAAACAGACCAGAGUUGGAUUAAAGUGGACUAAGCAGCUUCCGAUUUACCUCCUCGCUGUUCUGAGUCGUCGUGUGAGCACUUUGAGAGCAGACAAAAGAAGGAAAAGUGGACAUGUCGAAGGGGAGAGCAAAACGAUUCCAAUCCAAGCAGACGGUGGGACCAUGAGGACCAUAGUGGCUCUGCUGCUUCUCUGUCUGUGCGAUCCAGGACGGAGUGACUGCCAGACUGACUGCCUGUCCUGCAGCAAAAUCCUGCCUAAACAGCUCAGUUUCAACGCUGUGGUGUGUUUGAUUGGAUGCAAAAGCAGCACCUCUCCUUCCUCCUCCUGGGACAUCUGCCGUAAAGCGCUGCCUUCUUCUUCCCCCGAUGGCACCGUUAGAAGAAGAUCCCAAGAGGAAGCUGAUGUCCUGCUUCCUGAGACGGAGGAGCAAAUGGAUGGGGGUCUAUUCCUGCCCAUGGCUUUGCAGAGAUUCAACCACAUGACCCGCGCACUCGACCUGAACGACAGGGGCCUGCUCAGCCAGAGCAGCCAGCUGAGCUCCCUCUACGGCUCCCAGGACGCCCUGUCGCUCGCCGAUGAAUACGAGGAGGAGGAGGAGGCAGGGGAGGAAGGGGAGGACGCCGGCAAGGCAGUGAGAGGGCAGGACGACCCGGAGCCGAGCGUCUCCAAGAGGUUCGGCGGCUUCGUCAAAGGGAGGCAUGGCUACAGGAAGUUGGUUUCUCCGGGAAGGUCGUACCAGAAGAGGUACGGGGGCUUCAUCGGAAUUCGGAAGUCGGCCCGCAAGUGGAACAACCAGAAACGCUUCAGCGAGUUCCUGAAGCAGUACCUGGGCAUGAGCACCCGGUCCACCGAGUUCGACAGUGUCUCAGGGGAGCUCACCCAGCAGAACGAGGUGUGAGGGAGCGCGCCUCCAUUAGGCCCUGCCAUGACAGACAUACCACGUGUGUUUUCAGUUGUCUUCUAUUAGAUCAGAGAACAUUUCGCAGUUAAUCUGGCAACAUUACAGUCACACAAUUUGAUUAAGUACAUGAAAAAAAAAAAAAAAAACCAUCACAGCUUCUGGUUGUAUGAAUAGCCUUCCUCCCCCCCCCACCCCCCACCCCGCCCCAAUCUUUUCUAUGUAUAGCUUCUGUUUUUUUAAAUCCUGGGUAAAGGAUUUGAAAAAUGCUUCUCUUCCUAAACUGGAAUCAUUCUUACAAUGGAAAACCUAAAUUACGUUAGAAGUUACUUUCCAUGUUUUAAAAAAGCAUAAAGAAGGAUUCGAAAACAUUUUAAACAUUUUCCAAGUUUGUAUAAGUAUGAACAUAAAAGAAAACCAUGCAUAGGAAAGUAUUUCAUUUUCCCCCCAUUUGUAUCCAUUUAAUACUUUAAGGAAGGACAGGGAAAUCUGAAAAUCUGAGUUUGGGAAAGUGACAUGGAAAUGUGUUGGAACCCUAAAGAGCUUCUGCCCUCUUGAGAUUCGCAAAGAAACUAAAUCUAAAAUUCUUGCUCUUUGAAGAAUUCUGUGGCACCUUGAAAAAAUACGGCUCACUUUUGUUUACAUCUCGUCUGCUUCGGGCGUUAUUACGGAUGAAAAUUUCUUUUUCGUAUGUCGCCAUCUAGUGGACAAAUACUUAUAGCAGUCCAAAAUGAAAUGUAAUGUCUUUUUUGUUCUUUCCUCUGUUUUUCAUGUUCUAGUCUCUUGGUGAUAAAAACUCCAGCAUCAGUGUGUGAUUUAUGUUGAAUAAAUUAAAAUGUAUAAAAAUCCACAUUUACAUUUCGUUGGUCAAUAUCUCCAGCAUCAUACUCCUGAUACAGAUGUAUUAAAGUUAUGUAACUUGAACAACUCCAGUCAGCAUGCAGCGUUCAUUCAGCCUUUAUGACAGUAAUCAGUCUUGAUUAUGUUGUUGAGCAAAAGCUUUGAUGGCCUGUUGUGUUUGAAUACUUGUGUGUCAAAAUUGUCUCUGAACUGUUACAGAUGUAAAAUGUUUUGUCUUGUAAAUAACUGAACUGAAACAUGCCAAUAAAUAUAGUUUACUAUUUCCU